AAUCCCGAUCGUGCUGGCUGGGAUGGGGAAGCACGAACGUGAGGGGCGUGGCUGAAAAUUGGGGUUUCGAUGUUUUGUGCAUCCCUUGGAGCUGCUAAGUGACGGAAAGGGACUUGCAAAAUAAUCUCUCCGUUCGAAUAGAAAUGCCUUUUUUGUCGCACGAAAUGAAGCAUCCAUGCCGGGGGAAACAUAUGUUUGUCUAUUGUGUUACUUGACUAGUACUCUUGUCCAAAACAAAGUUAUGGCUAGUUAGUAGUACUAUAAUGAUUAUGCCCAGAAUCUGUUUUCGUUCCCGUAGGUGCUGUGCUUGCAUAGUGUAUGACAACUUUCUACGCUUUCUUUCAGGUCAUCUAGAGCACUAGGACGCAUGUAUGUAUGUGGCUUUUGAGCUAUUCUGGUGAACCUUGAGAUGGCCAGUGCAGAGACAAGCAAGGGGAACACUCAAAGGGGGGAUACCCUUCCAAAUGGAGAUGUUUAUGUGGGCAACUUCGAUGGAUUAGUUCCUCAUGGAAUGGGGAAGUAUAUGUGGACAGAUGGAGCCCUCUAUGAGGGUGAGUGGGACAAAAGCAAAAUGACUGGGAGAGGAAUAAUACAGUGGCCUUCAGGAGCAUCUUAUGUAGGUGACUUCCGUGGAGGUUUCAUCGACGGGACAGGCACCUUCAAGGGAGUAGAUGGCUCAGUCUACAAAGGUUGUUGGAGGAUGAACAAAAAGCAGGGAAUGGGGACAAUGGUUUACUCGAACUCUGAUACGUAUGAAGGUUUAUGGAAUGAGGGUUUGCCAGAUGGAUUUGGUAAAUAUACAUGGUCUGCUGGCAACAUCUACAUUGGAAGCUGGAAAUCUGGUAACAUGAAUGGCAGAGGAGUAAUGCAAUGGAUAAAUGGUGAUACUCUUGACUGCAAUUGGCUCAAUGGGCUGGCUCAUGGGAAAGGUUAUUGCAAAUAUGCAUCAGGAGCAUGUUACAUUGGUACAUGGGACAGGGGAGUCAAGGAUGGGCAUGGCAUCUUUUAUGAACCAGGAAGUAAAAUACCCUGUAACCUUGAAGUUUCUGAGUGUGCAACAACUCGUGAUGGUGCAAGUGCUUCAAGUUCAAGUAAUGAAACAGUCAAUGUUAGACUAUUGUUUCUACUGCAAAAUCUGUGCAACAAAUGGGGACUGCGUAGAUUCUUUCAUCGUCCCAAGCGCAUUUCAAAUGGCACAACACCAAUUUUUUAUGAUGAUUCCAGAAAUCACUUGUCACAAGAUUUACCCAAUGCAUCCUUGUCAGGUAAUGAGCAUUUACAAGAAAAUGAUGUUAAUAAAGAUUUGGUGUACGAACGAGAAUACGUUCAAGGAGUGCUUAUCUUGGAGCAGCCAAAAGGCAAAGAUUCAGGAAUGUUGGAUAGCGGUGAAACACAAGAAAAUACCUGGCAAAAACAAGCUAGAGGACCGAUGGAGACUAUUUACAAGGGGCACAGGAGCUAUUAUCUAAUGCUAAAUUUGCAACUUGGCAUCAGGUAUACUGUGGGUAAAAUUACCCCUGUACCUUUGCGUGAAGUUCGUUCAAAUGAUUUUGGACCUAGAGCACGGAUAAGAAUGUACUUCCCCGUUGAGGGUUCACAGUAUACCCCUCCACACUGCUCUGUCAAUUUCUUUUGGAAAGACUAUUGUCCUAUGGUUUUCCGGAAUCUUCGGGAAAUGUUUCAUAUUGAUGCUGCAGAUUACAUGAUGUCUAUAUGUGGGGGUGACAGUCUAAAGGAGCUUUCUUCACCUGGGAAAAGUGGCAGUAUUUUCUAUCUCUCCCAGGAUGAACGAUUUGUCAUAAAAACCUUGAGAAAAAGUGAGCUGAAGAUUGGUUUGAUGUAAUGCGUCCUGCAGAUACUGCUGAAGAUGCUUCCAAAAUAUUACAAUCAUGUCAAAGCUUAUGAUAAUACUCUGAUUACGAAGUUUUUUGGCGUGCACAGGAUUACUCUAAAAGCUGGAAAAAAGGUAAGAUUUGUUGUGAUGGGAAAUAUGUUCUGCACGGAGCUGAGAAUUCACCGUAAGUAUGACUUAAAGGGCUCUACACAAGGCCGUUCAACGAAAAAGCAAAAAAUUAAUGAGAACACAACGCUGAAGGAUCUUGACCUAUCACACGCUUUUCAUGUUGAUAAACCAUGGAGGGAGGCACUUUUCAGGCAGAUAACUCUUGAUUGUAUGUUCCUGGAAUCCCAAUCUAUUAUUGACUACAGCAUGCUAUUGGGAAUCCAUUUUAGAGCUCCCCAUCACUUGAAGACUCUCACGUCACAUCAGAACACCCUUGAAAGCAGUGGAAAUUCAUCCGAAAUGGAUUGUAGUGUUCCAGUGCAUUAUGAGGAUAUAAAUUCUACAAAGGGACUUCUACUAGUUGCUCACGAGCCAGGUACGACAGUAGGCGGUUCCCACAUUAGAGGAAGCAUGGUUAGAGCAUCAGAAGGUGGUUACGAAGAAGUAGAUCUUGUUUUGCCAGGCACUGGAAGGUUCCGUGUGCAGUUAGGGGUAAAUAUGCCAGCUCGAGCUCGGAAAUUGCUAGAAAGCACGGACAUGGUUGAGGAAUACGAUGUUGUACUUUACCUUGGUAUCAUAGACAUACUGCAGGAGUACAAUAUGUCUAAACGAGUGGAGCAUGCAGUCAAAUCACUCAAGUUUGAUCCCCUCUCGAUAUCAGCUGUUGAUCCGAAUUUGUAUUCGAAACGAUUUGUACAUUUCCUCGAUAGAGUUUUCCCUGAGCAAGACUGAACAGAGAGGCCCUGGACAGUAAAUAGCGGUAAUGCAUGUUUCUUUCUUUUCCCUGUAAAGAAUGCUUAUAUUCUCCACCGGAAUUAGUCUACAGGUAAUCA